GCACGCUUCAGUUUCUAACAUUAGAAAGUGUUUGUGUUUAUGUUGACCUGAAUUUUACCUGGACUCGUGUCCUUUACCAUUAUAGCGCUCGUGAAGACGUUUGGUAAAUUUGACAGUUUAUAAGUGCAGAUCAAAAUGAAUAUAAGAUUGAUGUGUUUCCUGGUCUUGCUGCUGUUACUGACGGCUGACUCCGCAAGGAUGAGAGGAGGACGAAGACGAGGUGGCAGAAGAAGAAAUCGAAUUGGUUCUCCGAGAUUCAUUUUUUACACUUCACCUAGUCGCCGCGAAUACUACGACAACCCUAAUGGAGCUCGGAUAUUGAAAUCUUCUCAUUUCGACUACGAAUUUUACCUGGGGCACAAGAUCGUUUUCUUGUGUGUUGCUAUGGGAGAUCCACGACCCCGAAUUACCUGGUUUAAGAAUGGAGUGGAGUUAUUUUAUCAUCCCUUUUUUCAGAUCACUGAAAGGCUACACGGCAAAAACAAGCUGAAAAGUAAAUUGGAGAUUACACCGGCGACGCAGAUGGAUUCUGGAACAUACGAAUGUCAAGCCAACAAUAAAUAUGCUGUGGACAGGCGAGCAUUUAAGGCUGACUUCUAAUGCACAUAAUUUAAGUAACAUUGUUCACAUCCUAAUUAGAUUUUGAUGCUCUAUCAGAAUACAGACAGUCGCAAAGAAAAAUGAGUUAUUCAAUACAAAUUAAUAUUGUUCUUUAAAUCACUGUAAAUUUUUGCUUCGUUUGGAAUGACAAUAAACAAAACUAAACAGUUAACCUACCACAGUUAAACUACCACAGAUAAUCAAGACAUUUUAUUCAAAACUUAACAAAUGUAUGAUUUGCAUUGAAAUGUUGAUUUGUCAUAAAACUGGCUGAUAAGAUAAAUCUUAAAGGUAGUCAGUAAAAAAACAUUUCUAAGUGAUUUGAAAAAUAACAAUUAAUUUAGUGCUAAUCUUGUUCAGUUGUUUUUAUCAACUGAUGAAAGAGGUCCCACCGAUAAUCACGAUGCUUUAGUCACGUCGUUAGUUUAGGAUAUGCAUCUCUUUUUAUACACUGCCUAAUAACAUACUUAUCAGUCAUAAAAUAUCUUAUUUUAUACGUUUCAGAUGAUUUAUGGAUUUAUUUUAUUAUAAUGUGCUUCUUUGGUUUGGCAUGCUCUAUAUUCAUGACACAAAGUGUAUUAUACACAUACCCACACACAUCCACACAAACUUUAAGAAAUGAAACUUAUGUUAUGUAAUAUUUUCAAGCUGUGUCUCAAUCGACUACUACUGCCACCUUCUGAUCGAAGUUGGGUUUUGCAAUAGUAAAUUGUAUAUUUUACAGUUGUUAUGACUAAUAAAAAAUACUGAUUUAACAAUCAAACGCUAAUAUCCUUUAUAUACUGAUAUUAAAAAACAAAACCGAACAAACAUUUAUUUGACAAAACAUAGGUGAAGGUCAGUCAAUGGUUUGUUUUACAAAUGUGCACCUUUAUUAACUUCUGUUUGAGACUGACAAAGUGGAA